AGCCGGGACCCGGGAAUCGUGUAACAAUCCUAUGUCUCUCCCCUGUCCCCUCUCUCCACCGAUGGAGGGAAAGAAGAAGGUCUUCCCCUCCCUCCCAAAACGGCAUCAAAAUUCUCCGCUGGGAAAAAUCUGCAAAAUUCUCCGCUUAGGAAAAAAAAGAUUCGGAGCAAUCCACCAUCUGUUUACUCCUCGAUUAAGGUGAUAGAGUCAUAGCGAGGGCUCUGAAUUGGGAUCCCAACAAAAGAAUCAGACUUGGGUUGGGGCUUGCAGAGAAGGGAAUGUCGACAACCAUUGACGGGCUCGCGACGUCGAGUCAGGAGGGUAAUGCACACAAUGACGAAAAGAAAGAGUACAAUUCUGAUGAAGAGAACUCAGAAGGAGAAAUGAAGCCCAAAAGGGUCUCUUUCAAGAAGAGAGCCGUUACUGUGGGGUAUAAAUUUAGGCAUUCUUUAUGGAGAAAGAGUAAAAUGAAGAAUGAUAACCAUGUAGCCUCAAUAGAUGACAUAAGAGAUGGUCAAGAGCUGGAGAUUGUUGAAAGGUUCCGCGAGUGUUUAAUCGACGAGGGCUUGUUGCCAGAACAUCAUGAUGAUUAUCACAUGAUGUUGAGGUUCCUGAAAGCAAGGAAAUUUAAUAUUGACAAAGCAAAGCAGAUGUGGUCAGAGAUGCUUAGAUGGAGGAAGGAAUUUGGUGCUGACGAUAUAGAGGAAUUCGACUACACUGAAUUAGAUGAAGUUGUGAAGUACUAUCCACAACUUUACCAUGGUGUGGACAAAGGUGGAAGGCCUAUUUACAUAGAACUAAUUGGGAAAGUUGAUACCAACAAACUAGUGCAAAUAACAACUAUUGACCGUUAUGUAAAAUAUCAUGUGAAGGAGUUUGAGAGAUGUCUCCAGAUGAGGUUUCCAGCUUGUUCUAUUGCUGCAAAAAGGCACAUAGACUCAUCUACUGCGAUAUUGGAUGUGAAAGGCGUGGGCCUAAAGAACUUCACAAAAGUUGCAAGAGAGCUAAUUAUGCGGUUGCAGAAUAUCAACAAUAACAACUAUCCAGAGACCUUACAGCAACUGUGCAUCAUAAAUGCUGGCCAAGGCUUCAAGAUGUUAUGGGGUACAAUAAAAUCAUUUCUUGAUCCAGAAACUGCUUCAAAAAUUCAUGUCCUUGGAAACAAGUACCAAACUAAAUUACUUGAAAUAAUUGAUGACAGUGAACUACCAGAAUUUCUUGGUGGCAAGUGCAGAUGUGAAGAGUAUGGAGGUUGUCUGAAAUCAAAUAAAGGCCCUUGGAAGGACCCUGAAAUUGUUAAGAAGGUUAUCAAUGGUGAGGCAAACUAUGUUAGGCAAGUUAUUGCUGUAUCAAACAUAAAUCAAAAGGAAGUUAGUUGUACUGAACACUCAACUGAGGAAAAAGUCAACGAUGCCUCUGUCGAAUCUAUUUCUGAGGUGGAAGAUGUUUCUUCUUCAACGGCUUUAAUGGAUCACAUCAUAAGCCCUAAUUUGACCUUUGUGGAUGAGUCAAAAUUUCGAGGACAUGCUUCCUCAUCAGAUGCUCCUCCCUUUAUUAGGGGUAGCAUCCCUGUUGCUAGCGAGGUCGUGGAUGCAUGCUCCAAUCCAAGAAACAGCUCGAUGCCUUCCAGCUCAGGUUCUUUCUCCUUGAGAAAUAUACCGGCAACAUUGGGAGGACUUAAAACUCGAAUUUUCAAGUGGCCAACAGUCUUAAUCCUGAGCUUGUUGGCAUUCCUCCACUCUGUCCUAAGUGUAGUGAUCAAAAGGCUAUCACAACAGGCCAUCACAUGUGACUUCCAAGGAUAUACAGGAAAUGGCACCCUUACAUCUGUAUUGGCACGGCUUGGUGAAUUGGAGGAGAAGGUACAGGCAAUUGAAGCAAAGCCACCCCAAGUGCCAUUUGAAAAGCAGGAAUUGUUGCAUACUUUCGUUAACCGCGUGGGUGUGUUGGAAGCUGAACUAAUUUCUAUGAAGAAGGUCUUGUAUGAGACAUUGGUUCGGCAGGAUGAGCUGCUUGCAUAUAUUGACCAACAACGGACAGCCAAAUUUUGUUCAAUGGUACCAAGUACGAAAUUUCAUAUUUGUGCAUCCAUCGUUUGUAGCGGCAGAAAUUCUGCUUUUGAGUUGUGCUGGAGUAUCGGCCACCUAUUUUCUUCUAUUCGGAGAUGGCAUGCUACUAUUGUGGACGCAGAAUACUUGCGAAUAUCUUCAUAUUUUGUUGCGGUGUAAAGAAUUGCAAUAUAUAGAUAAAGAUGGGAUUGAAAAGGGUUGCUUCUCUUGACACCUUGUUUCAGCGAAAAAAAAGAGAGGAACGUUCGAUAUCUUGUGCACAUUUUCAAGCAGAUAAAGGCAUAAUUUUUCCCAGUAUUUGGUGGAAGGUUCGAACUGUCUGUAACUCUAUAGUGCAUAUGGUGUGUGUUUGUUUGGUGGCUGUGGAUGGGGCUGGAUUGUAUAUCUUGGCUGACACUGAGAGAUAGACUGAGUGAAAAAUGUCGGACCUUGCCCCUCGUCACGGAAAUGAGAGGGAAUUGAACUGGAACAAGGAACAAUGAAUUGUAAAAUGUUUUGUAAAUUCAGAAUGUUUUCACUCUGGAUCGCAUAA